GGUAACAGUGUGGAUGUGUCUCCUCGCAGGUUCCGAUCUUAUAUAAACAGAGCCACGCAUGGGCGUAUCACCUGGUAAUCUGGCAUAAUUGCUCCAUACUCCGUGAUCUAUAUCCUGUUGCAGGUCCAAGGAUACUUUUACAAAAGGAUCAGGCUACAGCUGGUUUACCUGCUGACAUUCAGACACCAUGGAGCUGCGUGUCUCUGCCUGCGUCCUGCUGGUACUCUGUGUGGCAUGGAGUGCAAACGGAGGGAACAUUUUGGUGUGGUACACUGAAGGCAGCCACUGGAUAAACAUGAAGCCUGUUCUGGAGACGCUGGUCGACAGGGGACACCAGGUGACUGUACUAGCCCCGAGCACGUCAUUGUACAUGAACACCAAUGAACCCUCCCGCUUUCACUAUGAGCCCUUCAACGUUUCUCUCUCAAUGGAGGCCAUGGAAGAGUUUCUAGAAGAGUUCUUCCAAUUCGCCAUGUAUGAGAUGGAUCACAUGAACUAUUUGCAGUACUUCAUCAAAGUCGUUGAGAUACUGAAAACUGAUUUGAAGUUUUCUAUACAGUAUUUGGACGGUGUGGUGAAAUCAGACGUCAUCAUGAAGAAGCUGAAAGAGGGAAAUUACGACCUCCUCUUGGCUGACCCCAUCUACCCCGGCAGUGACUUGGUAGCAGAUAUUUUGGGCAUCCCGCUCGUCUUCUCCUUGCGCUUCUCCUUAGCUCAUAACUGGGAGAGGCAUUGUGGUCAGAUGCCUGCUCCACCAUCCUUUGUGCCCGGUGCUAUGAGCAAACUCACAGAUAAGAUGGACAUCUCAGAAAGGGUGUGGAACACUCUCUUCUACGCUCUGCAAGACAUCGUGAUUGAUCACAUUUUUUGGAAAGUAGUAGAUCGAUAUUACUCUGAAGUCAAAGGAGCUCCCAGCAGUGCCUGUGAGAUGAUGGGUAAAGCAGACAUCUGGUUAAUCCGAACCUACUGGGAUUAUGAAUUCCCCCGUCCUUUCCUCCCCAACUUCAAAUUUGUUGGUGGGCUCCACUGCAGACCUGCUAAACCUUUACCAGAGGAUAUGGAUGAAUUUGUGCAGAGUUCUGGAGAUGAUGGCAUUGUGGUCUUCACUUUGGGAUCCUUCAUCAAAAACAUCACCAAGGAGAAGGCCAACAUGAUAGCCUCAGCCCUCGCUCAGAUCCCACAAAAGGUGCUGUGGAGAUACAGAGGAGAGAAGCCAGAAACAUUGGGGGUCAACACUAGAAUAUAUGACUGGAUCCCUCAGAAUGACCUCCUGGGUCACCCUAAGACUAGAGCUUUCAUCACUCAUGGGGGAACAAAUGGGAUUUAUGAAGCCAUCUACCACGGUGUUCCCAUGGUGGGCAUCCCCAUGUUUGGUGACCAGCCGGACAACAUGAUCCAUAUGAAGGCUAAAGGAGCUGCAGUUUUUCUUCGCUUGAACUUCAUGACAACUGAGGAUCUUAGAGACGCGAUCACCACCGUCAUCAAUGACAAAUCGUACAAAGAAAAUGCUAUGAGGCUGUCCAGCAUCCACCACGACAGACCCAUGAGUGCUCUGGAUGAGGCGGUUUUCUGGAUUGAGUUCACCAUGAGAAACAAAGGGGCCAAGCACUUGAAGGUCCAGGCCUACGAGCUCACCUGGUACCAGUAUCACAGCCUCGAUGUCCUGGGCUUCCUCCUCACCUUAGCUCUACUCCUCAUAUUCACCUUCAUCAAGACCUGCAGUUUCUGCUGGCACAGGUGGUGUGGCAGGAAGGGAAAGCCAAAAAGGAAGGCUGAAUAACAGACCGAACUGAAACAGGUGCUUUGAGUUCUGGGCUGGAGCCAGCAUUUCUCACCUACAUGAAACUUUCCUUCAUAUAUAUAUGGUGAAAUAUCCAUUGUCCACUCCUUUCUGUAUCACCACUAAUUACUUUAAUUGGUUGAUAAAUGUGCCAAAUUGCAUAAUUACACCUGAUGUAAUCUGACAUUAAAAAUUAAAUGUUUA